CUUUAUAAACCCCAUGAGGCAAGGCUCUAUUGUCCCUGCAGGCUUCUCGCUAGCUGUUACAGGAUCACAAGAGCUUCACCAUGUCUCCCAAGAAAGCAAAGAAGAAGCAGUCGGCUGAGGCCAGCUCCAAUGUCUUCAGCAUGUUUGAGCAGGCGCAGAUCCAGGAGUUCAAGGAGGCGUUCACCAUUAUGGACCAGAACAGAGAUGGCUUCAUCUGCAAGAACGACCUGAGAGACACAUACGCUGCCCUGGGGAGACUGAACGUCAGUAACGAUGAGCUGGAUGAGAUGCUGAAGAUGGCCCCCGGCCCCAUCAACUUCACCGUCUUCCUCUGCAUGUUCGGAGAAAAGCUCAAAGGAACGGACCCAGAGGAGACCAUCCUCAACGCCUUCAAGAUCUUCGACCCAGAGGGGACAGGAAUCUUGAAAGGAGAAGAGAUGCAGUACCAUCUGAUGUCACAGGCUGAUAAGUUCACUGAACCAGAGGUGACUCAGAUGUAUCAGAUGUUCCCACUGGAUGUUGCUGGAAACCUUGACUACAAGAAUCUGUGCUACGUCAUCACCCACGGAGAGGACAAAGAAGAUAAGGAUUAAAGGACUCAUGCCUAACUACACAAACACACAUGAACCCCCCCCACCCCCCUCAACACACACACACACACACACACUCACACACACAGAUAUGCUAAAUAGGUAAGGCAAAGCCUGAAAUUCACGUCCCCAAAACACACCAUCUGGAACAAUAGCUGAGGCAGGAAUAGAUCUGGUCAGAUCUGGUCAGGGUAAGGCUAGCCACAGACAUUAGCAUGUCCACACUAGCCACAGACAUUAGCAUGUCCACGCCAGCCACAGACAUUAGCAUGUCCACACUAGCCACAGACAUUAGCAUGUCCACGCUAGCCACAGACAUUAGCAUGUCCACACUAGCCACAGACAUUAGCAUGUCCACGCUAGCCUCAGACAUUAGCAUGUCCACACUAGCCACAGACAUUAGCAUGUCCACGCCAGCCACAGACAUUAGCAUGUCCACGCUAGCCACAGACAGGCAGGCUGGGCCAGGUCCAUUUAGAGUCAGCCUCAUGUUGCAGAGAUGCGCUGAGCCACUUUCUCCACCGGCGGGAGAAUGGAAGAAGUCGUCACCAUCCUGUCUUCAUCGUCAUCAUCAUCAUCAUCAUCAUCGACCUGGUGUUAGCUCAUGACCUGUUGCCUGCAGUUUCAUUCUGUGUUUAGUGAUGUCUCCAUUCAAACUGUGAAAACCAAAUCUGUCUAAUUACUGUUUUUAGGUUCCUUUCUGUCUUAGUGUCUAAUAAAGUUACUCUUAAAGAGUU